UCCUCUCUCUCUACCACAACGAAAAUAGAAAAGGAAAAGGAGAAAUCAAAUCCUGUCAUCGUCAUCUCAUUCCAAUUCCUCAACUUCCCCAUUUUCCUUCACCGAAAACUCCAACCUCUCGAUCUGUCCGUCCUUGCUUUCCCCGAACGAAGCACAAAAUAGAUUCUUCAAAUCUUGAUCGGUCUGCCUCCACUGUUUUUUCUGGAAACGUUUUUUUAUUCUCUCUUGGCAGAUCACGAUUCAAAUAUUGAAAGCCAUUGUUCCGAAAUGAGCAGCGGAGAGCUUCUUGGCGUCGAACCUGUCGAGCUCAAGUUCCCUUUUGAGCUGAAGAAGCAGAUCUCGUGUUCUCUUCUAUUGUCAAAUAAGACGGAUAACUAUGUUGCUUUCAAGGUGAAAACCACCAAUCCAAAGAAGUAUUGUGUUCGUCCAAACACUGGCAUUGUCUUGCCACGAUCUACGUGUGAUGUUAUAGUUACCAUGCAAGCGCAAAAAGAAGCUCCACCUGAUAUGCAAUGCAAAGACAAGUUUCUUCUUCAAAGUGUAAAAGCAAAUGAUGGUGCUACCGCAAAGGACAUAACUGCAGAAAUGUUUAACAAGGAGCCAGGGAAUGCGGUUGAAGAAUGCAAGUUGAGAGUGCUGUAUGUUUCUCCACCUCAACCACCAUCACCAGUUCCAGAAGGUUCCGAGGAAGGGUCAUCACCUAGAGGUUCAGUAUCGGAGAAUGGAAAUGUGAAUGGUGCUGAAUUCACAACAGUAACAAAAGCCUUAUUUACUGAACGACCUGAUGCUCAAGAAAAAUCUGCAGAGGCAAAUGCCCUCAUCUCAAGGUUGACUGAGGAAAAGAAUAAUGCAGUUCAACUAAAUUACAAGCUUCGUCAGGAAUUGGAGUUGCUGAAGCACGAAGGGAACAAAAACCGUGGUGGCGUCUCAAUUCUGUUAGUCAUCAUAAUCGGCUUACUCGGCUUAAUUAUGGGGUAUAUCAUGAAGACAUAAAACACGUCAAUUUAAUGGUUCACCGUACCUUUUGAUCUUAGUCUCGUUAUCGUUCCUGGCAAUUCAAGAAAUGACGAGAAAGGGGAAACAAAAAUUUAGCAAGUGAUGUUUCUUUCUUUUUAUUUCCCUGUUUUUUUUCCCUUUAAAAUUUUAUUUCAGUCGAUAACAUCUUGGAUGUAAAAAAAACUUUAGGAAAACUCAUGGUGUCAUGGGUCUUUGGUUGUUAGGGGACCAUAUUAUAUUGUGGACUGACUCGUACUUCGAUGACAUGCAAUUCUUUUUUGUAAUUCAA